AGUAGAGCCCCCACCCUGGUAGCAUUCAGAAAGAGCUUGAAAACCUGGCUCUUUACUCAGGCUUUUAGUUAAAGAUUGCUCAUCCCCAUAGCAAUCUGUAUCUGUGACCAUUCCUGUACACUUUUUACCUAUGUCCACUUGAUAAAGACACAGGGUCUAUUCCCAUCCCAAUUUGCACUUCCAAGAAUUUGCAGCUCUUUAUCAGUCACCUCGUGUUUACAAUAUUUACAUGGUGCACCUUACCCAGUCUACUUUUAUAACCUCUCCAUUUUAAUCCAUGUUUUAAUUAGCUCUUGUCAUUUGUUUUUACUGGCUAAUGUUUAAAUUUUUAUAAUUGUGCAUGUUUUUUGUCUAUUGUUGUGUUUUAUAUUGCUAUUGUUUUUAUUCGGGCUUGGCCCCAUGUAAGCCGCCCUGAGUCCCCUUUGGGGAGAUAGAGGCGGGGUAUAAUAAUAAAGUUAUUAUUAUUAUUAUUAUUAUUAUUAUCCAACACUCGCUUAUCCAACGUUCUGGAUUAUCCAACGCAUAUUUGUAGUCAAUGUUUUCAAUACAUCGUGAUAUUUUGGUGCUAAAUUCGUAAAUACAGUAAUUACAACAUAACAUUACUGCGUAUUGAACUGCUUUUUCUGUCAAAUUUGUUGUAUAACAUGAUGUUUUGAUGCUUAAUUUGUAAAAUCAUAACCUAAUUUCAUGUUUAAUAGGCUUUUCCUUAUUGCCUCCUUAUUAUCCAACAUAUUCGCUUAUCCAACAUUCUGCCGGCCUGUUUAUGUUGGAUAAGUGAGACUCUACUGUAAUAAUAAUAAUAAUAAUAAUAAUAAUAAUAAUAAUAAUAAUAAUAAUAAUAAAAAAGAGGGUUGGAAGAGACACCUUUGGCCAUUUAGCCCAACCCCCUUCUGCCUUUGUGCCAUGGGGGCUGGAUAAAUAGCUUUGAUGGGCUGCAUCAUACACAUGUGGCCCACGGGCCGUAGUUUGGAGACCCCUGCCCUAAGCUAUAGAAAGGGAAACAUAUGACCUCAGAAGCCAUACUGUGUCUCUCUUGCAUUAGUUCAAACAGUUUACAAGUCUGAACAUCACCCCUUAUUUCAGAGGCACUGAAAUGUUCUAUAUGUAAAAGAGAGACUAUAUUGUUGUUUGGUCUCAAAGCUGAAUAACUGGAUGUGGGCCAGAGGUGAAACUUCUGUUCAUGACUCUAGUCCUUUUAAAUAUAAAUUUAGAUUUUGUUUCCAGAAAAGGCUAACAUAAAAUCUGCAAAGAAACAUAAAAACAAGAAUACAAACCAUUAAACGAAAGACAAAGACAAAAAAAUAGAAAUAUAUUUUUCUAAUAUUAAAACACACUGCUACUACAACCAGUAAGAUUUACAUAGUCUUCCUAGUGGUUUUAUUUCCUCAAUUUCCACAUGCAUUCAAAGCAAACCCAUUAACACUCCCUUUCCCAUAAGAUGAUGUAAGUAUUAAUGUUUUUUUUCUUUUCUUAAUGGUGGAGGAAAAUUGAGGAAACAAAACCACCAGGUAGAAAAUGCCAUCUCCAAGGGAGAAGAGGGGUCAGUGUGGUAACCUCAGCAACUAUCCCCACUCCCUUGGGAUGGUCACUGUGAUGCGUCCCGCACUAUCACCUGCUGUGCUCCAACCAGUGUGGGCUACCUAUGUAGCCACUUGAAUCCUGAUCCCAAAGAACCCAAUGGCUAAAGGGGCCUCAGGUGUCAACUAUGACAUGGGUGAGGAGCUGGGCCUGGAAAAGGGCCUGCUCUGCCAGUUCAUCCACUCCCCAGUUUACAACCUUUUCCCCAGAUCAGCAGUUUUUGAGAGCAACUUCAUCCAGGUAACCAAGAAGGGGAGAUGGGUGGACAUCAACAACGUGCCCACUGUUGUGACUAUGGGGGUGACCUCCACAGACCCCUGCCUCCCAUUGCCCAAUGUCCUGCUGAUGGCCAAGCGGCGGCGGCCCCACAGAAGAGAGGACCCCAAGCGACCCACCCUCGAGCUCACGAGGAUGCUGCCCCUGCGCUACCUGCGCCUGUCAGUCCAGAGCUCCAGACAGCGCACCCUGCGCUUCCAGAUGAUGACUCGUAGUGACUUCUUCCUGCAGCUGCACCCCAAUCACCCCAGCAUCGUCUUUGCCCUCUGGACCCGGCUGGUCAACAUCCUUGAGCACGGCCUCUCCAUCACCACCAAGGACCCUGCCAUCCGCAUCCGGCACAGCCUUGUUCCCAGCAGGCCCUGUAGCAGCAGCUCCUCUGAUGAGGGCAUGGUGAAGAUCAUCAGUAAAGAAAUGUCAGGCGUCGUCUCCCAGAUUUCGGAAAAAAUAGAAAAGGAAAAGGAAAUACAGAGAAGGAUGUCCUUCCAGAAAGAGGAGGAGGAAAUGUCUGCUUUAUCCAAUGACCUGAGAAUGCUCUUCUAUGACAUGCCUCGGCCGCUGGUGUGUGCCAAGUGCAAGGGCCGCCUGCCCAGGAGCCACCUGCGGAGGAGCGCUAGUGAAGAGGCUGCCACCGACUCAGAACCUAACCUCCUGCCCUGGACCGACAGGCACAGCUAUGGCCUCUGGCAGCAGGAGACCCCCGGCUGGCUCCAGCCCCUCUGUCGCCUCAGCAGUCUGGCUGCCGCUGGAGGAAAGUAACAUCUAUGUGCGCCUCACUUCCACCAUUUGCCAGGGCUUGGCUACCUGGUGUCCCAAAGAGGUUGGCUGGAAGCACCAGUCUGCAAAGAGAAUAGAGCAGAGAAUAUUAAAUGUACCAAGAUGGACACUGUUCAAGUCGUGGCCACGAUUCUGUUUGGGGGGGGGGGGGUUGCAUGCAUUUCUUAGCCAAAGUGGGCGAAGUGUGGCCCUUGGAUCUCUCCAGACACACACACCCCAUUUUAAUAAAGGCUGUGUCCUUCAUCCAUAAGAUGAUACUCUUGUUUAAAAAAAAAAACUAUAGUGAAGGUUUGAUUCCAUCUUUGCUGAAGAAGCACAAUAAAUAAGUAGCAGUUUUUCUUUAAA